CCGCAACCGCAUACCAGCGACACACGGCUCGUCUCCGAGCUAUUUCGGACAAUUUCCCCCCCCUCGCAACGACUGCGCUGUCGCCGCUGCGUUCCUGCACUUGAUAGAACCCACCGAGCUCUGCACCUCUUUGCAGCCACGACGACGCGGCGACGCGGCGAGGCCGUCUUUGCUCACUAGCGCCUCUACCACACAACACCACCACUAGAAGACCCCACGACGCACUACUACUCGAACUACCACAGCGAUGCGACGACUACUCUGCCUCGCCAGCACCGCUGCUGCUCUGCAAGGCAGCCCACCCCUACCACAACACCUGCAAGCCAUAGAACGCGACCUCCGCAACGCCCACACACCUCACCUCAACAAGGAGAUGAAUGCCCUCUUCGAAGCCAUCCCCGACGAGAUCGGUCCCGUAAACGCGAAGAUAGUCGCGGGCGCCAUCCCGCACGACCUCAAGAACGGCGCUCUCUUGAGAAACGGGCCGAAUGCGCGACGCUGGGGCUCCAAGGGAGGGUGGCUGGACGGCGACGGCAUGGUCCACGCUUGCGUCUUCAGCGAACAGCCACGGUAUUCGCGGCGCUGGCUCCGGACCGAGGCCUUUGCGAAGGAAGAGGCUGUCGGAAAGGAGCUCUUCGACGGCUCGCUCGUGGCGCCGUUCGGUUACAAACUACUGGGAAACUUGGCGAAGAACCUGUUCCGCGCGAAGCAGCCGCAAAAGGACACGGCGAACACCGCGCUGCUCGCGCUGAAGCGGGGCCGCGUGCUCGGAUUAAUGGAGCAGUGCCGCCCCUGCGAAUUCAAGGUCUACAGCGACGCCACGAUCGAGACCGUCAAGCCGGGAAGCAACUUGGACGGCGGCCUCGACUUCUGGUCGCAUCCCCUGAGCGGCGGCGCGUUGACGGCGCAUCUCCACGCGAGCGCAUCGCGGCCGCACGAAGCCGUCGGCGCGACGUACUCGUCCUCGGAUCAGCCGUUCUGUCGGAUCGACGUGAUAGACCUCGCGUCGGGCCGCGUCAGGAAGACCCACGGCGCGUCGAGCGGCGUCCAUUCAACAGGAACGCGUCGAUGGCGUAGAGGGUCAAAACACGCAGGCGUGGACCUCCGCUGCCCCGUCAUGCUCCACGACUGCGCGCUAGCUGGGGACGACGUCGUCGUGUUCGAUUUCCCGCUGACCGUGCGGCCCGCGCGGAUGCUGAGCGACAAAUUUCCGGUCGAGUACGAGCCGACGCACGGCGCGCGCAUCGGCGUCGUCCACCGCGAGACGGGCGCCACGACGUGGGCCGCCGUGGAACCGGGCGUCGUCCUCCACGCGGCGAACGCGCACUUCGAGGGCGAUACGCUCGUUGUUCGGGCGUUGCGGAGUCUUCCCGCGACGCCGUCGUCGUUCAUCGCGUCCUACACGCCCGCGUUCCUCUACGAGUGGCGGAUACGGGGCGAGCGGUGCCUCGGCGAAAAAUAUAUUUCCGAGACCGCGUGCGAGUUCCCGGCCGUGGACCCGCGCUGCGUCGGCGCGGACGCGCCUUGUUGCUUUGCGAUCUCACCGCGGACGAUCGGCGGUCCCAAUAUAUACGGCCCGCCUAGCGAAGGUAUUUUAAUUGAUCGCGUGGUCAAGUUCGACCUCCGCGGCGACGGCGACGACGCUUUCGCCGACGCCUGGACGCUCCCUGAAAACUUUUGGCUCGUGUCGGAGCCGACGGUCGUGCCCAAGAGCGACGGCCGCCUCGGCGACGGCGUCUGGGUCCUGGUCUUCGGCACGUCGACGGCGCCCGCGCGACAAAAGACGCACGUCUACGUGCUCGACGGCGAGGACCUCGCGAGCGGUCCCGCGUGCGUCGUCGAGCUGCCCGGCGCGGGCUUGCCCUACGGGCUCCAUAGCUGCUGGGUGGACGGUGCGGAGCUUGCUGUGCCGCGAUGA